UCCUGUUCAAAGUGUACUGCAGCGACCACACCUACACCACCAUCCGGGUCCCCAUGGCCGCCUCGGUCAGAGAGGUCAUCAGCGCUGUGGCCGACAAGCUGGGGUCAGCGGAGGAACUCCUCCUGGUCAACCUCAGUUCGGCCGGAGGUGAGAUGGGCUACAGCCACACGCUAAUCAAAUGGUGGUGGUUGACACACAGUCUUUCCACACAAGGCCUGAUAUUUACAGAUGCUAUGAUGCUCAUUAAUCAGGACCUGAUUUACUGGAAGUGAUUGGGUUUUGGUGCUGGAUCGGUCUGUUUCAGUAUGUGGAGCUGUUAUUUACUAGCAUUUGUUUUGCUGCUAAGAAUCUGGGCACAAUUCUCUGCUGAGGAUUCAGAGGAAUAUGGAUGCCCCGUCUGUCAUGUUCAAUGCAAUAUUGCCAGUUCUAAUGCUAACAUAAAUGCAUCCUCUUCAAAGUAUUUUUGACCGCUUUCUUUGAUAAUGAAGUUAGAGGACGACUCUGGGUUAUUUCAGAUGACUCAGGAGAGCGCUAUGGCAACCGCAGCCAGUAAAACCCUAUAGCAGUGUAACCGUAUCUUCUCCUGUGAUUAGGGUUAAGUAAAAGGCUGUGCACGGGCUAUUUUGAAGCACUGUUUUGAAACUGUAAUAGGCCUACAGAGGGGCAUCUUUAGAAACUUACAAAUCAAAAUGUAUUUGUCACAUGCGCCGAAUACAACAGGUGUAGACUUUACCGUGAAAUGCUUACUUAAAGUACGAGCCCUUUCCCAACAAUGCAGAGUUAAAAAGUAAGAAACAUGUAGGUAGGUCUAAAAGUGACUAGGCAAUCAGGAUUUAAAAUAAACAGUUGCAGCAGCGUAUGUGAAGAGUGGGAAAGUGUGUUGUGUGUGUGGCGUCAAUAUGCAAAUGUAUGUGUUUUGUGGGUAGAGUCCAGUGAGCGUGCAUAGAGUCAGUGCAAGAGAGUCAGUGCAAAAAGGUUCAAUGCAAAUAGUUCAGGUAGCCAUUUGAUUAACUAUUCAGCAGUAUUAUGGCUUGGGGGUAGAAGCUGUUCAGGAGCCUUUUGGUCCCAGACUUGGCGCUCCGGUACCGCUUCCCGUGCGGUAGCAGAGUAAACAGUCUAUGGCUUGGGCGGCUGGGGUCUUUGACAAUUUUCCAGGCCUUCCUCUGACACCGCCUGGUAUAGAGGUCCUGGAUGGCAGGGAGCUCAACCCCAGUGAUGUACUGGGCCAUCCGCACCACCCUCUGUAGCGCCUUGCAUUCGGAUGCCAAGCAGUUUCCAUACCAAGCGGUGAUGCAGCCAGUCAAGAUGCUCUCAAUGGUGCAGCUGUAAAACUUUUUGAAGAUCUGAGGGCCCAUGCCAAAUCUUUUCAGCCUCCUGUGGGGGAAGAGGUGUUGUCGUGCCUUCUUCAUGACUGUGUUGGUGUGUGUGGACCAUGUUAAUUCCUUAGUGAUGUGGACACAGAGGAACUUGAAGCUCUCGACCCGCUCCACUACACCCCUGCUCGGCCCUCCGUUUCCUGUAGUUCACGAUCAGCUCCUUUGUCUUGCUGAUGUUGAGGGAGAGGUUGUUGUCCUGGCACCACACUGCCAGGUCACUGACCUACUCCCUAUAGGCUGUCUCAUCGUCAUCGGUGAUCAGGCCUACCACCGACGUGUCAUCAGCAAACUUAAUGAUGGUGAUGGAGAUGUGCACGGCCACGCAGUCGUGGGUGAACAGGGAGUACAGGAGGGGACUAAGCAUGCACCCCUGAAGCGCCCCAGUGUUCAGGGUCAGCGUGGCGGAUGUGUUGUUGCAUACCCUCACCACCAGGGGGCAGCCCGUCAGGAAGUUCAGGAUCCAGUUGCAGAGGGAGGUGUUUAGUCCCAGGAUCCGGAGCUUUUUGAUGCACUUGGAUGGUACUAUGGUGUUGAACACUGAUCUGUAGUCAAUGAACAGCAUUCUCACAUAGGCGUUCCUCUUAUCCAGGUGGGAGAGGGCAGUGUGGAGUGCAAUAGAGAGAGCGUAAUCUGUGGAUCUGUUGGGGCGGUAUGCAAUUGGAGUGGGUCCAGGGUGUUUAGGAUGAUGGUGUUGAUGUGAGCCAUGACCAGCCUUUCAAAGCAUUUCAUGACUACAGAUGUGAGUGCUACGGGGCGAUAGUCAUUGAAACAUGAAUGUAUUACAGACUGGGUCAGGGAGAGGUUGAAAAUGUCAGUGAAGACACUUGCCAGCUGGUCAGCACAUGUUCCCAGUACGUGUCCUGGAAAUUCGACUGGCCCUGCGGCCUUGUGAAUGUUUACCUGUUUAAAGGUCUUGCUCAUAUCGGCUACGGAGAGCGAGAUCACACAGUCGUCCGGAACAGCUGGUGCUCUCAUGCAUGGUUCAGUGUUGCUUGCCUCAAAGUAAAAGCAUGAGCUGGCGCACACCCAGAGAAAAGUAUUUAGUGUAGAGGUGCUGACUAACGGCAAAUAAACUGUAAACUAUAAAAAAUAAAGAGAGUCACACACUCUAUGUGGAGUAAAGGUGGUCUACAGUUUUGUUGCCUCUGGUUGCACAGGUGACAUGCUGGUGAAAAUGGGGUAAAACGGAUUUCAGUUUCCCUGCAUUAAAAUCACCAGCCACUAGGAGCGCUGCCUCUGGAUGUGCAUUUUCUUGUUUUCUUAGGCCCUAUACAGCUUGUUGAGUGCGGUCUUAGUGCCAGCAUCGGUUUGUGCUGGUAAAUAGACAGCUACGAAAAAUAUAGAUGAAAACUCUCUUGGUAAGUAGUGCGGUCUGCAGCUUAUCAUUAGGUAUUCUAACUCAAGGUAGCAAACCCUGAGAUUUCCUUUGCGCACCAGCUGUUGUUAACAAAGAGAUACACCCCUCCCCCCUUAACCUUACCUGCAUCUGCCGUACGGUCUUGACGAUGCAUAGAAAAACCAGCUAGAUGUAUAUUAUCCAUGUCCUUGUUCAGCCACGGCUCGGAGAAACAGGAUAUUACAGUUCUUCAGGUCCCGUUGAAAGGAUAGUCUCGAACAAAGCUUGUCCAGUUUGUUCUCCAAAAGAACGGAGCCUAGGGGCGGUUUAUUUGCACGCCAACGUAGUUUUAUCAGUAUGCCCGCCCAUCUGCCCCUUUUGUGGCGUCGCUUCCUUUUCCGAGUCCCAGGGAUUAGGACCUUGUCCGUAGUAAGCAGAACAUCCACAGUAGCUGACUUGUUGAAGUAGAAGUUGUUGUCCAAAUCGAGGUUAGUGAUCGCUGUUCUGAUGUCCAGAAGCUGUUUUCGUUCACAGGAAAUAAUGGCGGAGACAAUAUUUACAAAAAAAAUAAAAAACAGCUACAAAAAACACACAAAGUAGUAGAAUUGGUCGGGAGUCCGUAAAACGGCCGAUAUCUUUUCCUUACCCUUGUUAUGCGACUUUAGAACAUACCAUAAUAAUAUGCUAAUGUACUGUAUUUGAUAUGUUCAUGUUUUUUUAUUAUCGCUUGUUUGUUGUUUUCCUUCAGAUAAAGUGGUGCUAAAACCCAACGAUAUUUCAGUCUUCUCCACACUCAGCAUCAACGGCCGUCUAUUUAUCUGUCCCAGGGAUCAACUGGAUUCAUUGGUGGGUAUAUACCCCUGAGAAAAACAUAUUGCCCACCAAAUUACAAUGCAGAAAAACAAGCAUUCAGACACACCCGACUAAUUCCCAGAGGUUUCCCUACAAGCUACAUCUCAUGCAGCUGUUACUAUGAAGCAUGUUGCGUCUCAUGUUGUAUUUCUCUCAUGUAAUAUAUAUUUUUUCAUCGACUGACAGAUGUUCACUGGCCUGAGGCUACUGUUGCAUUUCGACUUGUUAUAGUUGUAUAACUGUCAUUGUAGCUAUUAAAACAGUCCUGUAUUUCAGAUGAGUGUUAAUUGUAUGAUGAAGAAUAAUAAUAUUAUACAGACAACUGUAAAUUAUAUGGUAUAUUAAGUUUGCACUAUAUUUCAGACGCCCUUGCCAGAGCAGGAAGGACCCUCCACAGGCUCCAUGGGCAGCUUUGAGUUGAUGAGCUCUAAAGACCUGGCCUACCAGAUGACUCUCUACGACUGGGAACUCUUCCACUGUGUACAUGAGGUUUGUCAGACCAAUGACAAAUGAGGAAUUACUUGAUUCUAUGGAUGGUACCCUAUGCCCUAUACGUGUAUAGUGCACUACUUUCGACCACUGACCUAUGGGGAAUAGUGUGCCAUUUGGGGUGCAAGCUAUGUCUUCCUACACUCUUCGGCUGUCUCUAUAGGAGGUAGAACCGUUUUUGGUUCCAGGUAGAACCCUUUUGCGUUCCAUGUAGAACACUCUGUGGAAAGGGUUUUACAUGGAACCAAAAAGGGUUCUUCAAAGGGUUCUCCUGAGGGGACAGCCGAACAACCCUUUUAAGUUCUAGAUAGCACCUUUUUUUCUAAGAGUGUAUCGAUCAACUAUUAAACCAAUAUGUUGAUACAUUAUUACAGGAACUAUCAGGGACACGGUCAUUGACCUUCUCUCUUGCCCUGUUCUACAGCAUGAGCUGAUCUACCAUACGUUUGGGAGGAAGAACUUCAAGAAGACCACGGCCAACAUGGACCUGUUCCUCAGGAGGUUCAAUGAGAUCCAGCUGUGGGUGAUCACAGAGAUCUGUCUGUGUGCUCAGCAGAGCAAACGUGUUCAGCUGCUCAAGAAGUUCAUCAAGAUCGCUGCUCAGUGAGUGGCCCUUGCCUUGUCGCCCUGUCGCCCUCUCUCUCAUGCACGGACACAUACACGUUUGCACACACACUCGGUCUCACCCUGACUGCAGAGCUGUAGUAGUAGAAAGGCAUACCUGUGUAACUUAGCUGUAGGGUACGGUCAACCCUCCCAAUCAAUCCCUAAGGGAAAAGGUUUAAAUGUCUAGAUUAAAACGUGUGAAUGGCUGAAUGUACGGUACAUUCGGAAAGUAUUCAGACCCCUUGACUUUUUCCACAUUUUGUUACAGCCUUAUUCUAACAUUGAUUUUUUUUGUUUUUUUCCCUCAUCAUUCUACACACAAUACCCCAUAAUGACAAAGCAAAAACAGUUUUUUAAAUUUUAGCAAAUGUAUUAAAAGUAGAAAACGCUCUGGAGCCGUUUUUCAUCAAGGAUCUCUCUGUACCUUGUUCCGUUCAUUUUUCCCUCAAUCCUAACUAGUCUCCCAGUCCCUGCCGUUGAAAAACAUCCCCACAGCAUGAUGCUGCCACCACCAUGCUUCACCGUAGGGAUGGUGCCAGGUUUCCACCAGACAUGACGCUUGGCAUUGGUUUCAUCAGACCAGAGAAUCUUGUUUCUCAUGGUCUGAGAGUCCUUUACGCAUCUUUUGGCAAAUUCCAAGCGGGCUGUCAUGUGCCUUUUACUGAGGAGUGACUUCCGUCUGGCCACUCUACCAUAAAGGCCUAAUUGGUGGAGUGCUGCAGAGAUGGUUGUCCUUCUGGAAGGUUCUCCCAUCUCCACAGAGGAACUCUGGAGCUCUGUCAGUGACCAGCGGGUUCUUGGUCACCUCCCUGACCAAGGCCCUUCUCCCCCGAUUGCUCAGUUUGUCCGGGUGGCCAGCUCUAGGAAGAGUCUUGGUGGUUCCAAUCUUCUUCUAUUUAAGAAUGAUGAAGGCCAUUGUUUUCUUGGGGACCUUCAAUGCUGCAGACAUUUUUUGGUACCCUUCCCCAGAUCUGUGCCUCGACACAAUCCUGUCUCAGAGCUCUACGGACAAUUCCUUCGACCUCAUGGCUUGGUGUUUGCUCUGACAUGCACUGUCGGCUGUGGGACCUUAUAUAGACAGGUGUGUGCCUUUCCAAAUCAAGUUGUAGAAACAUCUCAAGGAUGAUCAAUGGAAACAGGAUGCACCUGAGCUCAAUUUCGAGUCUCAUAGCAAAGCGUCUGAAUACUUAUGUAAAUAAGGUAUUUCUGUUUCUAAUUUUUAAUACAUUUGCAAAGAUUUCUAAAAACCUGUUUUCGCUUUGUCAUUAUGGGAUAUUGUGUGUAGAUUGAUGAGGAUUUUUAGGUAUUUCAUCCCUUUUAGAAUAAGGCUGUAAUGUAACAAAAUGUGGAAAAAGGGAAGGGGUCAGAAUACUUUCAGAAUGCACUGUACGUGUAUCAUUUAGGUAAUGAUGAGUGUUUCAUUCCUGACCCCCUGUGAUUACUUAUAUUAGUCACAUGUAACAUGGUACCUGAUACUGAUACAUCUUUGGACUACUUUCUCUCUGUAACAGCUGUAAAGAGUAUAAGAACCUCAACUCCUUCUUCGCUAUUAUCAUGGGCAUGAGCAACCCAGCCGUGAGCAGACUGAGUCAGACCUGGGAGGUGGGUGUCUCUCUGUCACUGUGUCUGUAUGUCUGUCUCACUGUGUCUGUCUGUCUCUCUCACUGUGUCUGUCUGUCUGUCUGUGUCUGUCUGUGUCUGUCUGUCUGUGUCUGUCUGUCUGUCUGACACUGUCCAAAAACACUUACCUGUGUUUAGCACCUGCCAAAGAAUAUAGUGAUUUCAACUGUUUGAUAACUUUCCCUGUUAUUUGUGUUGACAGAAACUACCAAGCAAAUUUAAGAAGUUUUACAGUGAAUUUGAAAGCUUAAUGGUGAGUACAAUUAACAAUUUUUAGCCCCAUAUCAACCAUUCAUCCACCUACAUAGUCUCUAGCCUUUCUUUCUAUAGCUUCUAUUUAUUCAAAUAUUGAAUUGAAACUUCACAUUCUUGCAUGGUCAUUUGUCAUCUAACAAUGUAUGGAUUGAGCAGCACCACCCUUGGCUGUGACUGUGAUAUGCCCACUUAACAUGGUUAUGGCAGAUCUCAGAACAGUGUGAGUGUUUCCACAGGACCCUUCCAGGAACCACCGGGCGUACCGGCUCACUGUGGCCAAGCUGGACCCGCCCAUCAUUCCCUUCAUGCCGCUGCUGAUCAAAGGUCAUUGCAACCCAACACAGCUCUCUCCCACCAUAUACAUGACCCUCCAUGUUGUUUUAACCAUUAUCUUACCCAUUGAUUGACUAUUGAGAAGUUUAUCCUCACUGCCUCUUGUGUGAAGAAGUUAUCAGCACGUUUUGAUCUCUCUUUUUGGAGUGUCGACCUGCGACAGUGUAACUAGCUUCUAUAUUGUUUGCUCUUGUCAAUUCCAGUCCUUGUACUUUUGCCUAUGUUCUUUCUAUGUGUGUAAUCAUAUUGAUAUUAUCUUUCCAGACAUGACUUUCACUCAUGAUGGAAACAAGACAUUCAUUGACAGUUUGGUCAAUUUUGAGAAAAUGGUAAGGCCCUCCAUGAGGAUAUUGAUUUUGAUAUAUUAUAUUGGAGGUCUAAAUUCAAAAUGGUAACAUCUAUUUGUGUUUUUCAGCGAAUGAUCGCUAAUACAGUGAGAAUAGUGAGAUACUGCAGAAGUCUGCCAUUCAGUAAGUAAACAUAACUGUCUUUAAAAGGUUUCUAAGUGCUUGGGUAUACAGGGCACUGUUAUAAUAAAGGUGGUAUUUCUCUUUCCCAUCGUCUCAGGUGCAGAACCAUCUCAGACCAGUAAGAACCACCCGGACGUGAGGAGCUACGUGCGCCAGCUGACUGUGAUUGACAACCAGAGAACACUGUCUCAGCUCUCCCACAGACUGGAGCCACGCAGGACC